GUUCACAGCAUAUAUUAGUGGAUCCCUGUUCUCAGUGCGUCUGUUUAAGGAAUUAACGGAAGCAGUGUCAAGAGCAAGGAUUCAAAGCACUUCCUGAAUAUGAAUCUAUGUGCAUUUGCUCUCGUCCUGGCAUUAGUCAGUGGUGUCAGUGGCCAAUAUUAUGAUUACGACGCCCCUCUCUUCAUGUACGGGCAAUUAUCACCUAACUGUGCACCAGAAUGUAACUGUCCCCAGAGUUACCCAACUGCCAUGUACUGUGAAAAUCUGAAGCUGAAAAGUGUCCCCAUGGUGCCACCUGGCAUCAAGUACCUUUACCUGGGUAAUAACCAGAUCGACCAUAUUGAUGAAAAGGCGUUUGAGAAUGUAACUGACCUGCAGUGGCUCAUUCUGGACCACAACCUCCUGGAAAACUCCAAGAUAAAAGGAAAAGUGUUCUCUAGGCUGAAACAACUGAAGAAGCUGCAUAUAAACUACAACAACCUGACAGAGUCAGUAGGUCCACUUCCAAAGUCCCUGCAAGACCUGCAGCUCACUAACAAUAAAAUUAGCAAGCUCGGGUCCUUCGAAGGGCUGGCUAACCUGACCUCCAUUCAUCUUCAGUACAACCAGCUCAAAGAAGAUGCUGUGUCAGCCUCUCUGAAAGGCCUGAAAUCACUACUGUACCUCGACUUGAGCUUCAAUCAGAUUGCCAAGAUUCCUAGUGGCCUCCCAGCAUCUCUUCAAACUCUCUACCUAGACAAUAAUAAGAUCAGCGGCAUCCCUGAAGAGUAUUUCAAGCGCUUUACCGCGUUACAGUACCUGCGUUUAUCCCACAAUCAACUGACGGAUAGUGGAGUACCUGGAAACUCAUUUAAUAUAUCAUCCCUUCUCGAACUAGAUCUCUCUUAUAAUAAGCUUAAAAGCAUCCCAAAUGUUAAUGAAAACCUUGAAAACUAUUACCUGGAGGUCAAUGAACUCGAAAAGUUUGAUGUCAAGAGUUUCUGCAAGAUACUGGGACCGCUAUCUUACUCCAAGAUCAAGCAUUUGCGCUUGGAUGGCAAUCCCCUCACCCAAAGCAGUCUGCCCCCUGACAUGUAUGAGUGUCUACGUGCAGCAAAUGAAAUCAACAUAAAUUAACAUCUUCUCAUUACCGUACAUGGAAGUAUGUUCUGGAGCAAUACUUCAUGUUUAGCUA